AUUUUUGGGGCAGUAAGAUCCAACGAGGAGCCCAAGAGCGAGCGCGCAGCCCGAGAGCUCGAGCCGCCUCCGCCGCCAGCGCCUCGAGAUCCGCACCGGCCUCCCGGAGAGCGAGCCCCGGCCGCCGCGACCUCCAGCCGCGCUAACCGCCGACCAACCGCCACCGAGGCGCCCGAGGGAGAGCGGAGGAGGCGGCAUGAGCGAGGCGGGCGAGGCCACCACCACCACUACCACCCUCCCGCAGGCUCCGGCGGAGGCGGCCGCCGCGGUCCCCCAGGACCCCGCGCCCAAGAGCCCGGCGGGCGGCGGCGGCGCGCCCCAGGCCCCGGCCCCGGCGCCCGCCGCCCUGGUCGCAGGCAACCCCGGCGGGGACGCGGCCACCGCGGCCCCGGGCACCGCGGCCCCCGCCUCUUUGGCCGCCGCGGGCAGUGAAGACGCGGAGAAGAAAGUUCUCGCCACCAAAGUCCUUGGCACUGUCAAAUGGUUCAACGUCAGAAAUGGAUAUGGAUUUAUAAAUCGAAAUGAUACCAAAGAAGAUGUAUUCGUACAUCAGACUGCCAUCAAGAAGAAUAACCCACGGAAAUAUCUGCGCAGUGUAGGAGAUGGAGAAACUGUGGAGUUUGAUGUGGUUGAAGGAGAGAAGGGUGCGGAAGCAGCCAACGUGACUGGCCCGGAUGGCGUUCCUGUGGAAGGGAGCCGCUAUGCUGCUGAUCGGCGCCGCUACAGACGCGGCUACUACGGCAGACGCCGUGGACCGCCCCGUAAUUGCGCUGGGGAGGAGGAGGAAGGGAGCGGCAGCGAAGGAUUUGGCGCCUCCGCCGCUGAGGGGCAGCUCUCGGGGGCCCUGAGUCAGCGGCGUCGCCCCCAGUACCGCCCCCAGUACCGCCCCCAGUACCCACGGCGCUUCCCGCCUUACCACGUGGGACAGACCUCUGACCGCCGCUCCCGGGUCUUUCCCCAUCCCAAUGGAAUGCAGGCGGGUGAGAUUGGAGAGAUGAAGGAUGGAGUCCCAGAGGGAGCACAACUUCAGGGACCAGUCCAUCGAAAUCCGACUUACCGCGCAAGGUACCGUAGGGGCCCUCCUCGCCCACGACCUGCCCCAGCGGUUGGAGAGGCUGAAGAUAAAGAGAAUCAACAAGCGGCCAAUGGUCCAAACCAGCCACCUGCUCGCCGUGGAUACCGGCGCCCCUAUAACUAUCGGCGUCGCCCCCGUCCUCCUAAUGCUCCUGCACAAGAUGGCAAAGAGACCAAGGCAGGUGAAGCACCGUCUGAGAGCCGUGCUCCAGCCCCCGAGCAGAGCGGCAUCGAGUAACAUCCGGCUCCCCAGGCACCCUCACCAUCAGCGGGUGACCUAAAGAAUUAAUGACCAUUCAAAAAAUAAAGCAAAAAGCAGACCGCAACCUUACCGACACCAAAGAAACGUCCAAGCAAGAAAGUGGAAGACUAAUAACCAAGACGUGGACGUUAGAACGCUCACUACUAUUCUUUACGAAGCAAACAGCUAGCUACACGAGGAAAGCGUCAGCCAGUUUUUCCAGCAGCUGAGAUCUUAGGAAUGCCUGCACGGAACAAGAGAGCAACCUCCCCGGUUUCAGCAGCCACUAGGUUUAUAUUUUUUUCCUGGUUUUUACUGUUUUGGUAAUAUGAAUUGAAAGAAGAAAUAUUAAUACCACAUGGGGAGACACCCCCUCCCAACCAAAGAAAUCUAAAAUAUGUAGUAAAUGCUUUUUUUCCCUUUUUUGUUCAUUUUGGAUGCUGGUGCUAAACUUCCAAGUGUCAUGAGUUAAAAAGAAAUUUUAUGCCCUUCUUAUUUAUUUUGAGGAUGAGGGGAGGAUAACAUUUUGCUUUCUUAUGUGACUCUCUUUGAAAAUGUGCAGUAUGAAAUUACUCAAAAAUAAAAUUUUUACCCCAAAAGGAAAA